AUGGCCAUAUUCCGGCAGCAAAUCUUGAAAAACGGCGGUCACAUCGAAGAAAAGCCAGGAGCUUCAGUAACUCAUGUUAUAAUCGACGAGGCAGUCCCGAUCGAUCGUGUGGCGGUCAGUCUCGCUGGGACCGAUUCGUGGACAAAGGCGAAACUGGUGCGAAGUCGGUGGCUGUCUAAGUGUCUGAAGGAGGGAGUGGUAGUAGAUUUACUACCCUUCGAGGUUUGCAAGCCUCCGCAGUCUCCUCAAAGCAUGGCAUCCAGCCGUCACCCCGAUCUACACGAUGACGCGAUUGAUGAACCUGGUGAUCACGCCCUUAUGGCGACCACUUCAGACGCUGAAGUCGAGAACAUUGCACAAAAGGGACGAUGCUCAAACCAGGAAAUUGUUGAACGGUUGAUGUCAUACGAGGUGCUUCAGGUGCUCCGAGAUGCCUGUGCAGGCACGAAUGACCGGUGGCGAUUGCUUAGCUACAACCGAGCGAUCAGUUUGGUGCAGAAACUCGAUCGUCCAAUACAAAGAAUCGAGGAUAUACAGCACCUGAGAGGCAUUGGGAAGCGUCUGGCUGACAAGAUCUGGGAAAUACAUCAAUUUGGUGAACUGCGUAAAGCUGAUGAUUUCGCUGCCCGCAGGGAUGUUCGUCUGUUGAAGCAGUUCAGUGACAUUUGGGGUGUCGGACCGGUACUGGCCGAGCAGCUGGUUGCCGAGGGUUUCACUUCGUUGGAAGAUCUGAAACACUGUUCCAAGCUUACGAGGCAACAGAAAAUAGGCCUGAAAUAUUACAACGAAAUUUUGGAAAGAAUGGAUCGAAGUGAAGCGGCUUUGAUCGGCGAAACGGUGUGCAUGCGGCUGCUGCUACUGGUGUGA